AUGGAGCUGUCUACCCUGUUGAUCAUCAGUGCGCUCUUCAUCGCUUUCCGCAUCUACCAGUCUCGAACCGCAGCCUCAACGCCCAUCAUGUCGCACGGAAAGGUGUCCAACAUUGACAACGACGUCAUCUUCAAAGCCCUCACUUCCUCCGGCGUCGUGCUGGUUGAUUUCUAUGCGACGUGGUGCGGUCCUUGCAAGGCCGUCGCCCCCAAGAUUGGGGAGUUCAGUGAGAAAUACGAAAAUGUCCGAUUCCUUCAGGUCGAUGUGGAUAAAAUGAGGGGGGUAGCUCAACAAUUCGGUAUCACCGCUAUGCCCACCUUCGUGAUGAUGAAGGAUGGCAAGGAAGUGCAGCGGGUCCGGGGUGCGGAUCUCAAGUCCAUUGACCAGUGGUUGCAGUCGCAGUAG